AUGAGUGAUACAGAGGAUCACCCUGAACGCGAGGAUCACACCGAGCAUCAGGGUCACUCUGAACGUGACACCGAGGAGACCCAACAUAUCAACUUCGAAUGGACCCCUGAACUUGUGAAGAUUGGAACAUCCCGUGGCACGAUACACCCGUCGAUUGGUCCUAUCCCCCACCCCAACGGCUUUGCAGAUUGCAAUUACCGACCUGGCAUGACCCUACCAGACCCUUCUGAUACGCAAGAGUGUCUUAGAUGGGUUGGACUAGCUGAUAAAAAAGUUAUUGAGCUGGAACAAAAGUUCAAUGAACUGUAUCCAGACUUUCAAGCACCAAGGUGUGGAUAUGACAAUGAUGUUUCUUGCAAGGGCAUCAGUCACAUUACCUUCCCUCUGAUUGAAAAAAUGGUGGAUUUGUUCAUUCAAGAAACGUACAAUGACAAAGAAGCGGUUGAACAUACUCAUAAAAUAGAGGCUUAUAUAGAGAAGGGAAUCCAGCUAGGGCUCCAGCCAGGGCUCCAGCCAGAAUUUGCGAUAUUCUGUGGACUACAUAAGGAUGAUCCCCGAGCUAUUGCCAAACCCGAUCUAUUUGAGGAAUUGUGGUUUAUUAUCAAGAGCCCAGCGGACCUCAUCGAAGAUACAAUCAUCCCGUUUUGGAUGUACCUCAAGGAAUUCAUGGCCACGAAAUUGUUACACGACGGGAAGGCAUGGUCUGGUUAUGGAAGAUGGGUUGUCCGUGAAGGUGAAACCAUAGACCAAGCAAAAGCGAGGGUGGAUGAUCGAGAGCGCCAGAGGCUAAAAGAGCAAGCGAUAAAGGAACACGAAGCAAGGCUAGAACGGCAGCAAGAAGACAGACUGGAGGCGGAGAUGUUACAGCAACAAAGCAUAGACCAAACGGCCCAGUAG